AUGUUGCCCGAGAAGAAGGUCUCCUUCUUCCACAAGAGCCCUUCCACGAGGGAGCGGGGCCCAAGUAUCGUUAUUCCAAACAUCCCCAAGGUUGUAGACGAGCGGGCCCGCAUGAAACUCUUGUGCGACUAUGAAAAGUACGAGCCGGAGCUGUUCAAGCACCACCUUGGCACCCCCGAGACAACGCAGACGAUUGGCCUGAAGCUUGCGCCGGUGGAAUUCGACAGGCGGCUGCCGUCACCCAGUGAGCCGACCGUCGCCGAGCGCGAGUACGAGGCACAUAAGCGAUUGCGGAAGCAUAACAAGCAGCUAUCCUUCUCGGUUUCACCCUACAGACAGUCAGCGAAGGGAGGGGCAGCGGAUGUGCAGCUCGCAGCACCUGCGACAGGCGAAGCUGCACGUGCAAGUCCCACGCGGCCUUCGACGGCAGUUCCGCUGCCGGAGCAUGUCCUGCCACAAACUGCGACUCGCACUCGAUCGAUGCGCUCCAUAGGGCCGUCCUCCGCACCAACCCCGCCACCGUUGUCACCCGUGGCAAAGGCGCCGGAGACCGCGGGAAAAAAGAUGACACCUGCAGCACCCCAAAAACAACUGUCCCCAAGUCGACCACCACAACAAGUGUCGCAAGAAAAGCCCCCGAAGUUCCGCACAGAAAUUAGAAAGGAGACGAUAAAGCCAAUGGUGCCGAAGAAACCGUUGCACCCUGCUCCACCAAGGAAGGGUGCUGACGUUAGCGGCAUCCCAGUAGGGCUGCCUCAGUCAAAGCCUGGGAACGUGUUGACUGCAGAACACUGUGCACAAUUACUUCGUGUGCUACUCUGCACCCCGCCCGAGUACAGUGAAUCGUUUAAACUGGACCUGCAGAAUAUUGAUCUGAGGUGGAUGCAUGGGUCGCGGUAUCCAGGCUCUUUCGUGACGCUGCAUACAUGGCAUCCCCCUGAAGGCGACGCCAAAGUCACUUCCCUCAAUUCUCCACGCUCUGUUAUUGUUAUGCUGCAAAACGGCAUCGUUGUAAACGACUUGGUGCCGCACACCACUAUUCACGAUGAUGCACUCCUUCCGCCGGAUCCAGAAAUGCGUCAGUUGGUGAAGCGCAUGCGCAUGGAGCGCCAAAGACGGUAUCGUGAGGAGUUACUCGCAAGUUUGCAGGAAAGAUACGUGGAGUUGUGCCGUGGUGUUAACCUGGCGGAAGUAAUCAAGGCCUUUCAUGAAAACAAGAAGCAAGAGACCGUGGUGGAGUUGCCGACCUCCCUUAAAAAGGAGCAAGAGCGACAGCAGCGCGCGCUGCUGAUGGAGCGGACUCGAAUAGAGAAGCAAAUAAACCUCGCCAAGGACGUGCACGAGCGUCAACUCAUAGCGGAGGAUCGACAACGACGGGUGGAGGAGGAGGCAAGAGCAAGAAUAGAGGCGAAAAAGGCAGAGGAACGACUUGCACAUGAGCGAGCAGCGGAGCGACUUGCACUCCAGCGGCAAAAAAUAGCCGAGCUUGAGGCAUUUUACAAGAAGGGACUACAGGAGCGCCAAGCACGGGCGGAGGAAAAACAAGCCCGACGGGCGGAGGCGCAACAGCGGCAGAUAGAGCACCGUCGUGAGGAGCAGGAGCGGCUUGCAGGGGAGCGCCAGCUCCGCUUUCAGCGUGUGGCGGAGCAGCAGGAGCAGCAGAAGUUGAUGAUUCAGCAAAAGCAUGAAGCGAAGGAGGAAAAACUGCGGCGCCUGCGGGAGGAACAGGAAAGGCAACAGGAGAAGUUGCGCGCGAAAACGCUGGAGAGGGCGGUAAAAUCGGUGGAGCUGCGAGAGAUGGCACGCAAACGGGCUGCGAUGCAUGAAGAGAAGGUGCGACAGGCGGCAGAGGAACAGCAGCGGAAGAUGGAGGAGCGUAUUGCGCGCUUCCAGCAGAGCUCCAAGGCGGCGCGCGCGGAGCGUGCGUUGCAGGAGGAGCAGAAGCGCACCCGCAUGAAGGAGGCCUUCGCCGCGGCCGUCGACAGAGUGAACACCUUCAAGGAGGAGGUAAUCGAGAAACAGGUGAAGCACCAGAAGUUGUUUGAUGAAUUGCAGCGCCGGCGGGACGAAGAGAUUUUGACGCGGCAAGAAAGGGAGCGCGAGGACAUGGAGGCAAAAUCCUUCGCCGUGUUGCGCAACAAGCGCAUGACGGAGUUUGGGAAGCUCGAGACGGUGCUGCAGCUUCUUUCCAAGCGCGAGGCGGCGUUGUCGCUUGAGAGGGAGCGUGCGUUGCUGCGGCAGGAGACGCGCAAGGCCCGUGAGGCCAUGUUGGUGGAGCGGCAAGCCCUGAAGGAGAUGGUUCUCCAGACGGAACUCGCGCUGUGA